GUAAUUUUUACUACAUUGCAUGAUACACAGGUUGUGUUCUGAAAUUUACUGAUAGUACUUAAAAUCUGUAGCUUAUGUCACGUAUAUUGUAGAUUUUCAAUACCGGCAGUGAAUUUCGGAACGCAGCCACAAUCGACCCCAAGGAGUCCUCAUGUGAUAUUUACUAACACUGAAAUUGAGCGUUGAUGUAAAAAGUCACCUUGAUAUUUUUCGCACAUUUUUAAAUAAUAGGAAAUUAGUUGAACAAGGUUAAUAACGGAUAUGCUUGCUGUCAUUAAUGUGAAUUCCAAGCUCGUACUUUCGCUAAAUUAUCUAUGCAAUGGCUGCAAUAACGUACUUGUCCACUGAAGUGCUUAAUAUCAUCUUAUGCGAUGAGAGCAUCAGUUUUAAAGAUAUUAUGAGUUUAGCUCUCACAUGCAAGCAACUCUACAACUUAACCAAUAAUAAUAUGCUUUGGCGAAAGAAAUUUUAUCAGAGAUGGCCUUAUUUAAGAGAAGAAUAUGACAAACAACUAUGCAAAGAAAAUUUUCUAGAACAAGUAAAAGCAGGUAUAAAAUCUAAGAAACAAUUACGGCAUUACAUGUCGCUGAUGUCCAAGGAGCACUAUUACAAAGAUGAUUUAUUUGAUGUUGACUUAAAGGAUUUGCAUUCACUGUUUGAUCCAGAUAAAGGCGCAUAUUUUAUGAAUUAUUAUUUCUUUGUAAAUGAGUUGAUAAAGUUGUUUGCACAAUCUUCAACGGAAUCCGAUUUGACACAGAGAUAUUAUGCAAAGAAGCUUCUUUCAUACCUCCAGCAUUAUCGUUUAAGGAACAUGUGGCACAAAUUUAUAAAUUAUCCUGAGCAACAACAGAUUUUAGAAGAGGCAGCCACUAUUUUGGCACAGUGGUAUCAACCUCAAAAAUAUGUGUCUUACAUGGAUGUGAGAACGUCACUGGAUAAUAUUGCGCAGCAGGUAUUGGAGUAUCAUAAAAACAAAUAUCCUGCGCAUCCAAUAUUUUCAAUAUCACCCGAACAGUUUUCCUUUUGGAAAUACAAUAAUAUUGAUGACAAUCAUUGGAAUAGCACAGAAGGAAGACAGAUUAUAGAGAGCCUUUGUAAGGUUUUGUAUGAUAAAUUAGGUUUUCAUGGAAAUCUUGAGGAACCUUUGGAGUCUGAAUCAAAAUCCAUUCUAGAACAUGCUUUUAUAGAUUGCGUUUUAAAAAAUAAAAUUGGUACUGCAGUAACUCUGGCAACAAUAUAUCACAGUGUGGCGAGAAGACUUGGUGUACGCUGCGAUUUAAUGUCCUUUCCAACCCACUUCUUUUUGUGCUGGAGAGCGAAAUAUCAUACUACAAAUCUCAAAGAACAAAAAUGUUUUUAUAUUGAUGUUCUGCGCGAUGGAUCCAUGCUGAGUAGAAAUGAUUGUCCCAUAAUUAGUGGUGCUACAAAAUGUCCUAUAGCAUGGUUUGAUAAGUAUACGAAGAUAAGUCCUGUAGAGAUGAUGUCACGAAUGAGUAAUUAUUUGGAAACUAAAAACAAAAACGAUGAAGACAAAAUUACGCAACGGUCGUUUCUGGAAUUAACGUGUCUAAUAGAACCAGAUACGUCCGCAAUUAAUGACCUAGGUCGCAUAUAUGUACAGCAUCAGACGGAUUUGUCCAAUCUCAUAGUUAUGUUGGAAAAGAUUCAGGAUAAUUGUAAGUUUACUAACCCUGUGGAGGCAAGACGCGCUGAACAGUUGUUGAAUAAAUUUAGGAAUCAUGUAAAUCCAGUUAUGUUGGAAUGAUCAUAAUGUAUAAUACUGAAUAUUUUCUAAGGAGCGAAUAUAGUCAAAUGGAUAUAGGUGUGAUAAUUGGAUGGGACGAGAAAUAUGAGGUGCACAUGAAAUUGGAUUUCACAUGCAAGAUUUUACUAGAAGGAAGUUCCUGCUUUUUUUCUGAUCUUAGUCUAUUGAAACCAUUUUAUACAGUCCUCUGUGAAAAUGGUAAGAAGUAUCACGUCGCUGAAGAACGCCUAUGAACAGAGUGUUGGAUAUAUCUUUAUAAAUUAUAUUUUUAUAUUUUAUAUAUUGCGUAGCAUUAUAUUUUUUUGAUUUUAAAGGCUUUAACAAUUUGCACAAAAUCAGUACGGAUCGAUCACAGAGAUAUUGGUCGAUAUUUUUGUAAAUUGACAUUUAUUAUGUACCAUACCAAAUAGUAAAAAGUAUAAGCAAUA